AGUCCCGCGGAGGCUUAUCAAGCCCUAAAACCCUGUUCUUCUGACAAUUCUACUUCGAUUUUAGCAUGCUGUAGACGAGAAGUACACAGAUUUAUGAUCCAUUGGCGCGUAUUUAAUCAUUCUGUGUCUUUUAGGGUUAGGGUUUAGGGAAAUCUUUUCCCAAUUACAGUCAACAUUUUGUAAUGGGGAAUAAAAUCACCGAUGAACUAAUCGAAAUGGUUCGAUCCAUCGUAGGCCACGAUUAUUCCAAGAUGGAUGUAGUCAGAGCCCUUCACAUGGCGAACAACGAUGCCACUGCCGCAAUUAACAUAAUUUUUGACACCCCAAGUUUCAAAAGAUCGGAAGCCCCAAGGAGCCCAAAAGUUUUGAGUCCUAAUGCAACUGCAAAGACACAAGAUGCGGUUAGGAAUUCAAAAAGGAACGGUGUCAGUACUGUAGAUGAUGAACCAAGUUUAAGCAGGUCAGUGGAGCUUACAGUUGACAAGGGAAAGGAAGUCGUGAAUAAUCUAAAUGCGGGUUCAGAUUUGAAUGGAAGCAGUAAGUGGUGGUUUGUAGGUUGUUGUGGAGUGAUGGGGUUGUCUACUUGUAAAGGGAGGAAGAUAAAGGCCGGUGAUCAAGUGAAUUUUACGUUUCCACCGGAAAAAUGGUCGAGUGGGCCCUCGCCAGGCAGGUUUGGUGGCGGCGGCCGUGGCAGGCAGCCUACUGCAUGUUCAGAGAUUGUGAGGUUUUCUACAUUAGCUUCUGGGGAGAUUGGUCGGAUCCCAAAUGAGUGGUCUCGAUGCCUUUUGCCCCUUGUUAGAGAUAAGAAGGUUCAGAUUGAAGGUUUUUGUAAAUCUGCUCCUGAUGUCUUGGGGCUUAUGGAUACCAUUAAUCUAAGUGUCAGUGUUUACAUCAACAGUUCUAUGUUACACAAAAGCCAUAAGACCUCUCUCAAAGUGCCUAGCAGUUCCAUUGACGAAACAGCCAUCCAACCUCUUCCAAGCUUGUUCCGGUUACUUGGACUUGUUCCUUUCAAAAAGGCAGAAUUUACACCUAGUGACUUGUAUACAAGGAAGCGACCUUUAGACAUAAAGGACAGUUCUGGUGUUCCUGCUCCAUUGUUAAAUGCUAGCAAAACUAUAAACUCAUCUUUAAAUGUAAGUAAAGUUGAAACUGAAGAGACAAUUUCAGAUAAUGACCUUGACAAUAUUGUUGGUGUUGCAAAUGGCUCUGAGUUAGAGGAAAUGGAACCUCCUACAGCUCUAUUGUGUGAUCUCCGCCCCUAUCAAAAGCAGGCACUUCAUUGGAUGGUUCGUCUGGAGAAGGGACCAUGCAUCGAUGAUGCAGCUACAACUCUUCAUCCAUGUUGGGAUGCUUAUCAUCUUGCAGACACGAGGAAAUUCAUAGUCUAUGUGAAUGCAUUUUCUGGAGAAGCGACAACAGAAUUUCCUAGCAUCCUUCAAAUGGCCAGAGGAGGAAUUUUGGCAGAUGCUAUGGGGCUUGGAAAGACUAUCAUGACCAUAUCACUCCUCCUUGCUCACACCGAAAGAGGUGGAGCAUUGGGUAGAUACGCCAACAGUCAGGCAUGCAGUGAAAGUAAUGAAGUGGGCAAUGGCUCAAAUCAAACUUCAUCAUCUCCAAAGAAACCGUCUAAGUUUUCCGGUUUUGAUAAGCUUAGAAAGCAGAAACAGGCGCUCAUUGGUGGGGGGAAUCUUAUUAUAUGUCCUAUGACUCUUAUAGGCCAAUGGAAGGCAGAGAUUGAAACUCAUGCUGAGCCAGGGUCUUUAUCUAUUUACGUUCACUAUGGGCAAAGUCGACCAAAAGAUGCCAAAAUAUUAGCUCAAAGUGAUGUCGUGUUGACCACCUAUGGGGUUGUAGCCUCAGAGUUUUCAUCUGAGAAUGCUGAAGAACAUGGUGGGCUUUAUUCUGUGAGAUGGUUUAGGGUGGUGCUUGAUGAGGCACAUACCAUAAAAUCUUCUAAAAGCCAGAUUUCCAUGGCUGCAGCUACCCUUGUUGCUGAUCGUCGAUGGUGUCUUACUGGUACUCCUAUUCAAAACAAUUUGGAAGACAUUUACAGUCUUCUUCGCUUCUUAAGGAUUGAACCAUGGGGAAGCUGGACGUGGUGGAACAAGCUAAUCCAGAAACCUUUUGAGGAUGGUGAUGCAAGGGGAUUAAAUUUGGUCCAGAACAUUUUAAGACCGAUAAUGCUAAGAAGAACAAAGUUUAGCACAGACAGAGAAGGCAGACCUAUAUUAAUUCUCCCACCUGCUGAGAUGCAAGUAAUAUAUUGUGAACAAACAGAAGCUGAAAAAGAUUUUUAUGAUGCUCUCUUUAAGAGAUCAAAGGUGAAAUUUGAUCAAUUUGUCGAGCAAGGGAGGGUUCUUCAUAAUUAUGCUUCUAUUUUGGAGUUACUUUUGCGUCUUCGUCAAUGCUGUGAUCACCCAUUUCUUGUGAUGAGUCGAGGUGACACUCAAGAGUUUUCAGAUUUAGAUAAGCUGGCAAAACGUUUUCUUAAGGGUGGUAAGGACACCAUGGAAGAAGGAAAAGAAAUGCCUUCUAGAGCUUAUAUACAAGAGGUUGUUGAAGAGUUAAGAAAAGGGGAGCAGGGAGAAUGUCCUAUAUGCCUUGAAGCUUUUGAAGAUGCAGUAUUAACACCAUGUGCUCAUCGGUUAUGUCGUGAAUGUCUCUUAUCAAGUUGGAGAAGCCUCAAUUCGGGUCUCUGUCCUGUUUGUAGAAAGGAGGUGAGCAAGCAGGAACUUAUUACAGCACCAACUGAGAGUCGGUUUCGAGUUGAUGUUGAGAAAAACUGGGUGGAAUCAUCAAAAGUGUCUGCACUGUUGUGUGAAUUGGAAAAUUUUCGCUUAUCAGGCUCUAAAAGCAUCGUAUUUAGUCAGUGGACUGCCUUCUUAGACCUUCUACAGGUUCCUCUUUCUAGGAAUAAGAUUUCAUUUGCUCGUCUGGAUGGGACUCUAAACCAGCAACAGCGUGAAAAAGUCAUAAAGCAGUUUUCUGAAGAAAGCGACAUUCUGGUAUUAUUAAUGUCAUUGAAGGCUGGAGGAGUUGGAAUCAACCUGACAGCAGCAUCUAAUGCAUUCGUCUUGGAUCCUUGGUGGAAUCCUGCUGUUGAGGAACAAGCCGUCAUGCGCAUCCACAGGAUUGGACAAACAAAAAGUGUUUCAAUCAAACGUUUUAUUAUGAAGGGAACGGUUGAGGAACGAAUGGAGGCAGUACAAGCACGUAAACAGCGGAUGAUUGCUGGUGCCUUAACAGACCAAGAGGUCCGAACUGCACGUAUUGAGGAACUUAAGAUGCUUUUCACUUGAUUCCAUAUCAAAUUUACCAGUCGGCUAAUUUCGAUUCCCGUAGCUGGUCAACUUUUGUUGAACCUGCUUUAGUAGAGAGAGAUGGAUAGAUAACAGGUGAAGAAUGGGCAGUUGCAAGUAAAACCCAGUAUACAAAUUGAAGAUUAAUGUUAUCAAGUUCUAGUUUUGCUUUGAUAUUGACACCUAAUACUUUUCAGUUAUGAUUUAUGAUGGUGUAGAUUUUAUAUUUUACUUUUGUUUUUGGAUCUUGAAUUGUUUUGUUUAUGAUACAUUUUGUAUAGUUGAAUGUAUGUAACUUUUGUCAAUUUUGAGGUAAAACAAUUAAUUUGUGAUACAAUUAGAUAUUAAUUAUUGAAGUGGUAUUGGCC